AUGAUGGUUCCGUUAUAUCUCGUGCUUCUUAAUCUUUUGGCUGUUGGCCAUGCAACAAGUAAGUUCAAUAGAUGCAACUAGUAGGUCUAAUUAGCAAAAAACAAAAAAACAACUCUGCACGUGCAGCACACUUUGUCCAGGUGGAUAUCCGAUUUACCCCCGAAACGCUCGAGUGCUUGAAAUGCAAAAUUUCACCCCUGCUUACAUGAGUGGGGUGGACGUAUGUGCAGACAAUUUUCUCAGAACCAAAAUUUCUUGGAUGCUCUUCUCCGUGCUCUUCGCGCGCGAGAGAGCUCCGCUAUAACCACCAAAAUAAAUGACAAUGUUUAACAAACCUGGUACUUCUGUCUGAAAAAUCAACAGUUUCGGACCACCGGAGUAACGUGCCCGUGAGGAAGCAACCUCAAGGGCUUUUCUGUCCCUGCGUGGCGGGUGCAAAAGCGGGGAGGGGAGGGGAGGGGAGCGGAGGGGAGGGGGUGAAGACCUGAGACCUGAGACCUGCCACGCAUGCUCAGGCCAGGGCUCCUAAUCUCCAACAUUUACUGUUGCUAACGAUUACAAAAUAGGCGCGCGAUGACCGAACGGCCGCGGUCGUCGCUUUAUCUUACCGACAAAUAAAACUUUUGAUGGCGUUUGUUUAGCUCUUGCGGGGAAGUUUCUUCAAAAGAAGUUGUGAAUUGGUUUUUGCAUUUAAAAUCAUUCUGUAAAAUAGAUUAUUAAAUUUAGUUUUAAGCUUUUUUAUGAACAAUUCAACUCAAUAAAGUAACGCAAGACUUAAGAUUAAUUUGCAUUUGUAAACAAAAAACUUUUUCACCGGUUUUUAUCUAUAAAUUCAAGUAAAAAAGACAAAGUUUGCCUGUUAAAACUUCCAAACCGAACUUCGUCACCUUCUUCAUGUAUUUCAGGAACAGCUUGCUUCGAUAAGUAGUAGAAUUACGGCAGCAAACAGGGAAGGCAUUUUGUUCGCAACUUACGCGAGUUUGGCGUCGCUCGCUCGGAGGAACUGGUGGUGAAUCAGUGAAUAGUGCGGGAUAUUCACUGAGUAGUAGUAGCCAAUCAGAGCGCCCGAAAAACGCUUUCCGCUGUUUUAGUAUAUACUAAAUAACAAUAUUCACCGAAGUGGAGGUGGCUAAAUAUCCACCACUAGCCACCGACACUAAUAAUAAUAAUAAUAAUAAUGAUAAUGAUAAUGAUAAUAAUAAUAAUAAUAAGUAAGGAUGCAAUUGACCUUGAAAAAAGUUUCUUCUUUUUUUAUCGAAAUGAAUUGUGUGAAUUGAAAUGAAAUGUUCUUAAUUUGAAUAAUUUUUGUUAAAUGAAAUGAAUUUUUUUCUAAUUUUUAACGAAAGGAAUUGUAAAUAGUGUUUUGACGGAAUAGUUUUCUUUUUUAAGUGAAUUAAUUGUAAAUAAGAUUUUAAUAGUUAGUAUGUUAAUUAUGAUAAUAAUAAUAAUAAUAAUAAUAAUAUUUUCUUUACAGAGUACUGUUGGGAAAUCGAGCAGACGCCAAAUGCUGUAGAGCAGGCUAGCUGCUAUUCAAAAGUUGAUCCUUGCCCACCGGGUCUUAAAGAUUGCUCUGAUGAAUUCGUUUGUCCUUUGUCAACCAACAAAUGCUGCUGCUCGUCGUCUGUGCCGCCGUCUGUGUCGACCGCCCCGCCGACACCUAAGCCAAGUUUGUAUUAUACUCGCUCAGUACUCACGCGCGCUUUUCGGGCAAAAAGAGAACUUCACUGUAUAUAUUUAUUUCGGGGAAAAAGGCGAUCAUUAUUAAAUCCAAACACGGCACAACGAUCUUUUUUUCCCAUUACAAUCUUUUUCUAGGAAAACUUAAAAAAAAAUUGGUCCUAAGAGCGCGUAAAUACUGAGUGAGUAUACCGGAUUGUGCUCAUGCCCCCUGGGCAUCCCAUAAUGCUCCUUUAAUCUAGUUAAUUCAAUAUGGCCGCCGUAUCGGUAAAAGGUCUAUUCCUUUAAUAUAUAGAUUUAGCCAGGGCUAAAAGCGAAGCACUUGUCAAUAUACUUAUAGUUUACUCAAACAAAAAAUAAAAUAGUGUAAUGCUAAACGGCAACAACAAUGAGAAUGGCAAAAAAUCAAAAGGUCUAAUUUAGCAAAAAAAACAACUUUGCACUUGCAGCACACUAUUUUUGUACAUUUUUUUUUACCAUUGUUUUGCACUACUAGAGGGCGAAACUUCCUAGUUUAUACACGUUUUAUUGAGGAAACGUCAUAUGUAUUCCUGUUCAUUUUUUUCUCUUUGGCACUCAUUUUCACCUUGGAGGCGGCUAGCAUGUGUCAUUUUCUCAGCGCCUCUAUAAAAUUUUCCUGUUUUCCUUCCAACGAAAUUCGUCACCUUUGUAUUUUAUCUUUCGCUUUAGCUCUUUCUUCUGUUACCCAACUCAGUGUAGACAUUAGGAUUUAGUCCAAAAAAAAAAAAAAAACUCCGAUUUGCUGUCGUUUUUUCUCUCGAAAAGUCUGGGUGGCCAUGCGAUUUACCGCCAAAAACGCGCGGGUGCUAGAAAUGCGAACUUCUUGCCGGCUCUCAUGAAGGGGUGGACGUACGUCCGUCCGUACGUACGUGUACGUGAUUUUGACAGAACAAGUUUUCUUACCCCUGGGGCUCCGCUCGAUAGUUCCUCUAUUAUCUCCUUAAAAUUGUUUACAAAUUCGCAGUUUGGAGUUUAAUACACUAGACGAAACCGAUAUAAGUUUCACUCGAUAAAUGCAUUGCUCAAGUACUCAGCAUCAUUCACUAUCCAAACUUUUUACGGGAUUAUUUUUGGUUGAAAUUCAUAGGCGGAUACAGAAAAUUCAGAAAUUGGUGGUCGGGACGCUUGCUCACUUGCCAGCUACAUCCUCGUCCCCCUCGGCCCACCACUAAAUCCCCCCGUGAUGUGGGGAUUGUUUGCGGUCCAUUUUGGGCAUAAUUUGCGGUACUGUGCCCGGCUUUUUCGCAAGCAAAACGUAACAAGUUACUAACAUAAUAUAUAGAUUUAGCCAGGGCUAACAUCGAAGCUCUCUUUAAUGUAUAUUGUUUAUUCAAACUAUUCAAAACUAUUUUGUUCAAUUCUCAGUCAGAGACUUCUAAAGCACGUUGACUUAAAUAAUAUACUUCACAAGUCUCAAAUUGGUUUUCUAGCAAAUAAUAGAACAGCAGAUCAUGUCUUCACACUUCGAACAUUGAUAGACAAAUAUGUCCAUUGUCACAAGGAGAAAAUAUAUGCGUGUUUUGUUGACUUUAGGAAAGCCUUUGAUUUGGUUUGGCAUGAUGGGCUUCUCUAUAAGUUAUCUAAGAUCAAUGUCCAAGGAAAGUUUUAUAGUCUAAUUAAGAGUCUAUACUCGAAGUCUACCUGCUCUGUCAGGAUUGGAAAUAACAAAACGCGAUCUUUUCAAUACGCAAGAGGAGUGCGGCAAGGCUGCAUUUUAAGCCCUCUGCUCUUUAACUUAUACCUUAACGAUCUAGCGUUCUCAUUUGACAAUGUUUUAUCAGACCCCUUCGUGUUACCAAAUGGCACCAGACUCAACUCUCUCCUUUACGCAGAUGACUUGAUAAUAUUAUCGCGAUCCAAACUUGGUCUACAAAACUGCCUUAACGUACUAUCUUCAUAUUGCAACUCAUGGAUGCUUAGAAUAAAUCCUAAGAAAACCAAAAUAAUGAUUUUUCAACGAUGCACACGAAAAUGUGAACAUAACUUCCGCAUAGGCAAUGAAGUAAUCGACGUUGUCCAAAACUAUACUUACUUAGGAACUCGAAUUACAUCUUCCGGAAAUUUUACACUUUCGCUUGAGCAUCUCCGACAAAAAGCUCUUCACGCGCUCUUCAGCCUCAGGCGACACACGGAUUUGAAUAAUCUUAAGCCCUCACUUGCGUGUAAAAUUUUUUGACUCUAUGAUUUCACCAAUUCUAACCUACAACAGCGAAGUUUGGGGUGCUUUUGUUAAAUCAGAUUUUAAGUCCUGGGACAGCUCUGCAAUUGAAAAACCCAUUUGCAAUUCUGUAAACGUUAUUUACAAGUACAUAACAAGGCAUCGAACAUUGCUUGUAGAGCUGAACUCGGUAAAUUUCCCAUGAUCAUUGAUAUAAAUAAAAGAUUCUAAAUUACUUAGACUAUCUGAGAGGUAAGGAUGAAGAUUCUAUAGUUAAACAGGCCUUACAAAUUUCAAUUGACCUUCAUCAUAACGGAAAAACUAGCUUUUACUCUAAUCUCAUGAAAAUGGUUGACUACUAUGAUCUAAACUAUGACUUUUCCUGUAAUUCAUUGAGUGACUCAAUAGUUAAUAGGUAUAUCGGCAUAAUGAAAAAUAAAUACGUCUCUUACUGGAAUCAGACACUUCAACAAUCACAAAAACUCAGUUUUUAUUGUACAAUCAAAGACGACUAUAGCCCCUCGCCAUACCUAGUUUUAACAAGAAAAAACCCUUCGAGAAAAACAUUAGUUAGAUUUAGAAUAAGUAGUCAUCAACUUAGAAUUGAAACAGGUAGAUACGAAAACAUUCCUCGCAAUGAAAGGAUAUGUCACUUUUGUACAAGUAAGAAAAUCGAAGAUGAAAAUCAUUUCUUACUAGAUUGUAAGGCUUAUUCUCAGAUCAGAGACAUUUUUUUCUCCAAACUAGAAACUAAAAUACCUGACUUCAAAUCACUUUCACACGAUACUUUAAUAUCUCUUCUUAUGAAUUCUUCUGAUUAUUUAAUUAACUGUCAAUUAGUUUCAUUUAUCUCGCAAUGCUUUGAAUUAAGGACCAAAUUAAUAUCAAUGAAUGAAUGAAUGAGAACUAUCACGUUUUGUAAUGUUUUGCACGUACUAAUUAGUUGAAUUAGUACUUAAAUUUAGAUUAAUAGCUUUUGCAAUACUGUAAUUCCUUUAUGGUCAUGCAAAUAAAGCUUUUGGUGUUGUUGUCAAACUUAAUAUAAAAUCGGGGCAACGAAAACGAUGAAAAAACCAGUAGGUCUAAUUAGCGAAAAAAUAAGAAACAACUCUGCACGUGCAGCACAAUUUUUUGUACAUUUCCUUACCUUUGUUUUCCACGACUACAACUUGAAACUUCCAGAAACUUCCUAGUAUCGUUUUAUAGAGGAAAUGUUGUAUGCCGUGUACCUGUUCACCUUUUUUUUUUUCGCUGCUGCUCAUUUUCACUUUGGUGGCCGCUAGCAUUUCUGACUUUUUCACCGCCGCUAUAAAUCUUUCAUGUUUUUCUUCCAACGAAAUUUGACUACUCUUUCAUCUUCUGCUCUAGCUCUUUCUCCGUUACCUGCGCUAAUAUAGACAUAAAAAUUAACAAUCGCUUUUGUUGUUGUUGUUGUUUAUCUCUAAAAGUUCGGGCGGCUAUGGGAUUUAUCCCUGAAACGCCCCGGUCCUUGAAAUGCAAAAUUUCAACCCGGCUUACAUGAGUGGGGUGGACGAACGUGCCGACGAUUUUCUCAGAACCCAAAUUUCUUGGGUGCAUAGAUAACCGAAGUUUCUUACCCAUGGUGCUCCGCUUCGCGCGCGCGAGAGCUCCGCUAUAACCACCACAAUAAAUGACAAUUUUCAGUAAAAUUGGUACUUCCGUCUGAAAAAUCGACAGUUUCGGACCACCGGGGUAACGUGCCCAUGACAAAGCAAUCUCAAGGGCUUUUCUGGCCCUGCGUGGCGGGUGUAAAAAAGGGGAGGGGAGGGGAGGGAGAGAAGUGUGAAAGGGCAAUACCCCUUCUUCUCUCACCCUUUUCGAGGCCUGUCACGCAUGCUCUCCAAAACAGCUUAUCGUCAGUAGGAAUUAGAAUUUACAGGUGAUAUUCACCGACACAAUCCCUCGUUCUUCCCUCCUCUUCUACAAAAUAAUAAAUAACAAUAUUCACUGAAGUAGAGGUGGCUAAACAUCCACCACUAGCACCACUAACCACCGGCACUAAUAAUAAUAAUAAUGGUGAUGAUGAUGAUAAUAAUAAUAAGUAUGUGUAAUCAAAUGGUAUACUCGUGAAAUUAGGGAAUAAUUUCGCGCGCGUUUUGUUCAAAUCCUUAUGAUUUCCCCAGCCUGUAGGCGACGGAAAUUAUUAGGACUUGGACAAAACGCAGGUGAAAUUAUUCCCUAAUUUCACGAGUAUACCACUUGAUUACCUAUUAAUAUCAUGGGUGACGAAUUACGUUAGCAAUCUUGGAUUUUUGACAUGUUUAUCCUGGAUCGUAUCGAUCGAGAACUCCUGAACUCUCUCGAACGUUUAGCGCUUAAAUUUAGCUUAAGUUCAGAGUUUUUCGACAAAAUACCUGUUAGAAUCCUUCUUGAUGAGCUCUUUCGUGUGUUCAGGUUUUGGAAAGCGUCUUUUUGUGCCCUGAUAUCUUCAUUCAUGACAUUUUAAAACUUCGUCGCCAUCUUGACACUGAGACGUACGGAAGGUUGCCAUGGCAAUUUUGUAAUUUCACAUGUGAAAUUACAAAUUAACGCUGAAAUUUCGCGCCAAAAUUAAGGAGUAAUUCGUCACCUAUGAUAUAAUAAUAAUAAUAAUAAUAAUAAUGAUGAUAAUGAUAAUAAUAAUAAUAAUAAUAAUUUUUUCUUUACAGAGUACUGUUAUGAAAACGAGCCGAAGCCAGAUGCUAUACGGCAGGCUGACUGCUAUUCAAAAGUUGAUCCUUGCCCAGCGGGUCUUAAAGAUUGCUCUGAUGAAUUCGUUUGUCCUUUGUCAACCAACAAAUGCUGCUGCCCAUAG